AUGAGCGAUGUUCCCCCGCUGGAGUAUGAGCCGCUCUCCCCUGCGCUUCCCAGCAGGCCCCCGCUGGCCGCCGACGCCGAGCAGAGGACGGCGCUAGCGUUCGUCGGGCUGCUCAUGCUCUUCCUGCUCUUCCUGCUGGUGCGCUGCUUCCGGAUCCUGCUGGAUCCCUACAGCCGCAUGCCGGCCUCAUCCUGGACCGACCACAAAGAGGGCCUGGAGAGGGGCCAGUUUGACUACGCGCUGGUGUGACGCCGUGCCCA